UGUCCGCGGCGCGCUCGUUGUCGCUGGGAUAUCUGUGCGGGCGCGAGAGGCGCGGGGCUGUGACGCCGCUCGCUCUCCCGCUCCCGCCCGUUAACCGUCCGCGCCCCCGUCAUGUUCUCCUACGAGUACGUCACAGAGGAGCAGCUGGCCGGAUUCGACAAGUACAAGUAUAGCGCAGUGGACACCAAUCCGUUGUCUGUGUAUGUUAUGCACCCCUUUUGGAACUCUGUAGUAAAGAUUUUACCUACCUGGUUGGCACCAAAUCUGUUGACAUUCUCUGGUUUCGUGCUGCUUGUACUUAAUUUUUGUAUGCUGGCCUAUUUUGAUUAUGAUUUUUAUGCUUCAGGUGAAGGUUAUCAGCACGUUCCAAGUUGGGUGUGGGUUCUCGCUGGUUUCCUAAACUUCACAGCAUACACGCUAGAUGGAGUUGAUGGGAAGCAAGCUCGACGAACAAACUCCAGCACUCCCCUUGGAGAACUCUUUGACCACGGUUUGGACAGCUGGGCAUGCAUAUUUUUUGUGGUCACUGUUUACUCCAUCUUUGGACGUGGAGCGGCAGGUGUUAGUGUCUUCACGCUUUUCCUCAUAUUGUGGGUAGUAUUGUUUUCCUUCAUCCUAUCACACUGGGAGAAAUACAAUACUGGAAUUCUUUUCCUUCCUUGGGGAUAUGACCUGAGUCAAGUGACCAUUUCAAUUGUUUACAUUAUAACUUCAAUUGUUGGAGUCGAAGCUUGGUAUGGACCCAUCUUCCUCAAGUUCCAGUACAGAGACCUCUUCACUACCAUGAUUUUGAGUUGUGCCUUUAUCAUCACAUUUCCUGUGAGUUUGUACAAUGUUUUCAAGGCAUAUAGGUCUGGCACUCUGAAGCAGCAUUCUUUUUAUGAAGCUAUGCUUCCAUUCAUUUCGCCACUAAUGCUCUUUGGUCUCUGCAUGCUAUGGGUCUGUAUGUCACCAUAUGAUGUUAUAGAGAAACAUCCAAGAAUACUAUAUUUCUUGGUUGGGACAGCAUUUUCUAAUAUUACGUGCAAACUCAUAGUUUGCCAAAUGAGUAACACUCGCUGCCAGCCCCUCAGCUGCCUUCUCCUGCCUUUGGCUGUAGGUGUGAUCUUUGUGAUCUCUGGUGUUCUACAAGACAAAGAGUAUUAUCUUCUUAUCAUCUUGACCAUAGUAAUAACUGCUGCACACAUUCAUUAUGGAGUAUGUGUGGUAAAUCAGCUGAGCAAACAUUUUAACAUAUACGCCUUCUCCUUGAAGAAACCAAGUACAGAAUGACUAGAGGAGGAGCAGAAAAUAUGUUUACAGGCUUCUGAAGUAUUGUAAUGAAUGGUCAUUUCAGCAGCCUGUGAAUGCUUUAACCAUCACUGCAAACUGUCUACCAUCAUCACUAGAAAACAGAAGAAUCAGACUGUCCAUUUAUAAGUAUUAAAAUAUUGUUUUAUAAGUGAUUUGCUGUUAAUACAAGUGUAAUAGUUCAAUUAAGUAUUUAAAUAGACAUUGAAAAUGCACAAACAAAAAUUGUGUGCAACUGACUAGCACUGGAUUUUAUUUUUGUGAUGCUCACAUUAAAUGUGCUGUUGAAGUCUUUAAUAAAUAGAUGGUAGCAUGCAUCCAAGAAAAUAUGAAAAACUUCAACAGAUUUCUAUUUUAUAGAUUCAGUCUGGGUCAUGGGCAUUACGAUUAUGUUUUUGUAAAUUACUCAUUGGAAGAUCUGUAUACCUAUAUUUCCUUAAUACAUGUUCUCAAAGACCAUUCCAUUUUUGCUUAUAAUGCUCAUCAAUGUUUUUUUAAUUUAUAGCUGACGAGCAAAUCUGAUAAUGGAAAUUGAUGUUUUUUUUAAGAGUAUGAGAGGGUGGCAUAUUGGAAAUUGUCAAAAGCCAUAAUUAAAGCAUGUAUUUGAAGAUUUUUUGAAUGAGUAAAUUAUAAAAUUUACAAAGGGAAUUGAAUGAAAAUGUACAAUGUUUUGAACAUUGAUAGUUCUCAGAAACCAAUCAAAACCUUCUGUUUUCAUUUUUCAAAUAUUCAGCUUUGUGAUGGUGAAUGCAUGUUAAUUUUCUGCUUUAAUUUAGUUUAUUUCAUGGAUUGUGCUUGAAUGAAGAGUAUACUAAAAGCCUUGGAGCAAAGUAUACUUGGAAGGAAUAAGCAUGACUAACAGCAAUUGUUUGUAUAGAUGCAAAAACAAACUAUUUGUACCUAAACCGUGUUUAGGAAAGGCAAUGAAUACAUUGUGUGGAUUUUCACAUUUUAGUAAUUUCACUUCAGUGAGGGUUUGGUGGUAUUUAUGUCUAGAUGGUCCUGCUUGAUGGUGUAACAAUUUGGUAUGAUGGAUCCUUAAUGUGAGCACAACUUAGCAAACACCAUUUUACAUAGAGGUACUGUAUUUCUUACCGGUGACACCAUAAUAAAAUAUGUCAACAAUAUUCACCUUCAUGUUACAUCGGUGUAAUUUCUGUUAAAAAAAUGAAUGCCAAUGGAAUUGUCAGGUCGGUCAUUUACACACAUUUUUUUGUCCGAUUUAAAGCAAUUCAACUAAAAAAAAUAAUUUACCAGAAAGAUGAAACAAUAUUGAUAUCUUCCUCUGACAUAUUCCACUCUAUGGCUUUAAGAUUGCAGAGUGCAUCUUUCAUUUACAUUUAGAAAUUGUGUUGCACACUACAACCGUAUAAACGUUUCCAAAAAUAUACAAAAUAGACUUGUGCUGAUAUUAUUACAUGCCUUAAUUCUUUAGAUUAUUUAUCAACCUGUGGUACAAAAGUGAGAAAAUUUGUGUACUGUGGAAUAGUUGCACUUGUGUAUUGUCUUUGUAUAUUAUCGAGCUUUUCUUUCAGAAAAAUCAUGUUUUUUCAUUUAUUAUUUCAACUGUAAUUUGCACAUGCUUAUUUCCGACAUUAGGUGCCUGUGUUGUGACAUCAUUAGAACAGAGUUCAUAACAUUAAGCCUUGAUGCAGUUUGAUCACUGAAAAUGAAAUUAUCAUAAGUAAAUUUGUGUUCAGUAAGUCCAUCCAAAUUGUUGCCAAAAUCAUUUGGUUUUGGAACACCCUGGGUUAAUAAUUGGAGCUGUUUGGAGUACACGGGAAUAACUUGGCAGGUGAAAAAACAAUCCUAUAUUUAUUGAAUGUUUCAACAGUUAAUAUAAACACACUACAGCUUUUAUGUUUGAGCUUUCAGUCCAUGUUUUGGACUUUAUUCUCUUUUGCAUUUGUGGAAAAGUUUAUUGGAUCUUUGGACCGACUUCUUCAUUCAAACCAGGCCAGAAAGAGCAGUCUGGCUAGUCACAGUGUUCUGAUCUAGUUUCAAGUUAUGUUAGAAAUUAACGCAUGUGGAUGUGUAAUUACUAGGGACAUUAUUACACUUCAUUGAGUCCACUGAGAUUUAAUUGUUCCAUAAUUAGUAAUCCAUAAAGUAGCCAUGAACUUUAUCUUUGUGUUUCCUUUGUACCAUAGUAGACCUUUUGAUUCAUCAAGUUUAUGCUUAUUCUUGGCACAAAUGCAAGAUUCUCCCUAAUCUUGUUUUCCUGCGAUCAAUUUUCUCUCUUAUGCCCAUGAAUUCUUCGAUUUUCCUUUGGGUGUGGAGGAAACUUACAUUGUCUCAGUGUGUAUAAAUACCAGAAAGACAGCACACAAGGUCAGAGUGAAUUCCUGCUGCACCAUCUUUUGUUAAAUUGCUUCAGCAUUUAUAAAGGGCAUGCUUAUUUAUUUGAUGUGAUGUUGCUGCCUGCAGCCAUGUACAAUUAAUAAAGAAGCAAUGGGGAACCAAGUAAAAUUAAGUCCAAGAUGGUGGCUAUCAAGUCCAGUGAAUGGACUUGAUCAUCAGUGGCUAAAAAUCAUUUAGUUUUAAGGAUUCAUGUGUGAAUGGUUUUUGGAGUGGUGUAAAUGUUCUUAAAUCAUUUCUAGUCAGCUUUCAUUUUGUACAAUCAUCUGCAGUAUAUGGGUACCAUUCUUUCAUUAAACAAGAAAUUGAACUGUUGUCCUGUGUGCUGGAUAGAUUUAAUGAGUAAGGCAGCUGUUUAAGUAUUGAUUAUAAACAGUGCUCUAUAAUUCAGAAAUUCAAGUUAUUUGUUCUGAUGGGGAUGGGUCUUGUGCAUUCAAAAUCUCUGGGCUUCAGUAGCGGAGAAUGGUUUAAUACAGACGUUGGGCAGCUCUUGAUCCAUGAUUUUUCAAAGUUUUUACAUUAAAUUCUCAAAUUGUUAUUUGCAAAAGAACCCAAGUUAUCUUCCUGACCCACAUACUAAAAGUCCAUUGGAGAAAUAAAAUAGAUUUCAUUCCCCACAUUUAACAGGUGUGACAAGCUUUUCCUGUCACCCCCCCCUCCUCCCCCAAGGUUUUGUGCAUGAAAUUAUAUUUUCACCUCUGGACUAUUUCUUGUAGUACUAUAGGAUUCCUUGUGCCCGUUUAUUUCUGUUUUAGACAGUGCUCAAUAUAAACAAAGCAUCCAAAUGGACCUUUUCAAAAUUCCUUUAAAAGUAGUGGACGUCUUUGCUUCAAGCAAACUUUAUUAUGUGUAAAGGGCUAACAAUCAAACUUAUUUUUUAUAUUCUCAACAUAAUUAGUUUGAUUGUUGUUUAGCAUUGAGGUCUGUGAAUAUCUGUGUGAAUUGAAGUGACUGCUUAAAGAGUAGUAGUUUGUGUUCCAAAGGGGCUUCAUGGCUUUUUCUAUGUAACAAAAGUAUGAGAGGUAUAAUGCAAACAAUCUGAAAAAUUUCUUGAUGCACCAUGUAAUAUUAAAACUUUUCGAGCAGAAGAUUCCAGUGCAAUUUGUUUGGUUUCAUCUUUAGUGAUUUGAAAUGAAAUGUUUUUGACAACAUAGUAUUGAUUCCAGUAACUAUCUAAAUCUGACUUCUGACAUUCUGGAAGUUGAUUUCAUGAAUAAUAAAGCAUUUGGCUAUUCAAAUAAUAAUUUGGUUUUGUGGACUCUGAAUUCUAAAAUUUGAAAAUAAUCAAAGCAGUUAGAAGCCUGAUUACAUUUUGAAAUUUAGUGAAUGUUAAUCCUUUAUUUUAAUACAUUGCUGCAUUGUUCUAAUGUAUUAGUUAAACAGUUAUUUUUAUUGCACCGUUUCCCUUGGACUGAAAGUUAGCACUGUUAAUUUAUAACCUCGCCUCUCAGGUGCAUACAUUUUGUGGGUUUCUAGGGAGUUAAGAAAAAAAUUGACAUAUCAACAGUGCUGUCUCUAACAUGCUUUUUACGUACAUAAUCAUCAUUUUGGAUGCACCACGGGUAUCAUCAAAUCCCGGCAGACAAAUGAGUAAAUAUUGUUUUCAGUUGCCACUUGGUACCUUUAAAAUCUAGUGGUAGUUGUCUCCCGUCGCUUGCUUUAUAUCAAAGUUGCACUGUACAAAAAUGUUGAAUUUGCAAAAUAGUUUGCGGAAACUAAUAAAGUAAGCAAGUAUAAACUUCGGGAUCUGGCUGGUUUUGUCACAAAUGACCAGAAAUUAAUUAUUUCAAUGAGAUGCUAAUUGUU